AUGGCCCCGCAGAGCGACCGCUCGCCGGGCGAAGGGCAGCCCUAUUUCGGCGGCGCUGAGGACGCCCCCUCCGCGGCCGCCGGCGGCUCCGCGGGCAGCCGGGGCGCCUCGCCGGCCCGCAGCGCCCUGGCCCCGCGGGAGGCGGCGGCCCGCAGGAAGGGGAAGGCGCGGCGGGGCCGCGGCAAGGCGCGGAGCGAGGGGCUGCUCAGCAAGCAGAAGAGGAGCCGGCGCAUGAAGGCCAACGACCGGGAGAGGAACCGCAUGCACCACCUCAACUCCGCCCUGGACGCGCUCCGCAGCGUCCUGCCCACCUUCCCCGACGACGCCAAGCUCACCAAGAUAGAGACGCUCCGCUUCGCCCACAACUACAUCUGGGCGCUCACCCAGAGCCUCCGCCUGGCCGAGCAGGGCCUGCCCGAGCCCCCCCCGCCGCCGCCCCCCGCCGCCGCCGCCACCGCCUCCCCCGGACGCCGCUUCCCGCAGGGCUGCGGCCGGUCCGUGUAG